AUGUGGAAGCCACCUCUGAAUUCCAUCACUUUGCAUUAUGCAUAUAUCAUAUCAUGCGGUAUUUUGGGACUCAUCGUCCUCUAUCCUUAUGGCAAUCUGAAGGCGAUUGACGCCUAUUUCUUUGGCGUCAGCGCAUCUACGGAAUCAGGCUUGAAUACCGUUGGUGUGAAAGCGUUGAAGAUCUACCAACAAAUUUUCAUUUAUAUCAUACCGAUUAUAACGAACUUGAUGUGUAUCAACAUCAUCGUCGUCGCGGUUCGUCUGUAUUGGCUUGAGAAGCGAUUGAAACAUAUAGCACCUGCCGUCCUCUCUGCAAAACCCCAAUCGGUUAGGUUGAAAGACAACAAGUACGAUCAAGAGGCGCAAGCUGGCAAGCUCGAGGAUUCGAUCCCAGAGCAAGAAACAGACCAUACACCGAAUCAGCGUUACAUGAAUAUGGAAAGGCACGACUCCACAGCCAGCGAGGAGAAUCGUUUCCGAUCCUAA